AGGUCUUAGCGAGCUUGCGACAAUCGUGUAGACAGUUGCCGACAUAGCAGCAUGAUCGCGCUUUGGGCUUUAGCUGUUAUCGGAGUUGUGGCGGGAGACGUCGGUCUCGGAUACCAUUACAAGGUACCCCAGACGUCGUACGGUAUUCCCACGUAUCAAACCAGCUCCAGCAGCGGCGUUUAUAACACUGGUUUAAGCGGAAGCUCCAGCGGGAGCAACUACAACGGUCAGUACAGUGGUACUGUCGGUACAAGUUCCAACUACUACACUGGCCAAGGUGCCAGUCAAAAUGUACAAAGUUCUACUGUCGGAUAUAACACCGGUUACCAAACUGGUUACCAACCUGGAAUCCAAACAACAGGAGGUGCAAUCGGUACAGGAACAAAUUCAAACUAUUACCAAACCUCAAGUUCGGGUGUUGUACGACCGACAUACCAAACGGGAGGCGAUUACUCCUCUUUCAACCAGUACCAAACAUCCAGUCAAUAUCAAACAUCGUCUGCCAACAAAUACCAACAACAUUACAAUGUAAUUCAACAGCAACCGGCACAAGUGUUCAAACAUUACUACGUCCAUGCAGCGCCGGAAGAACCUGAAGUUUCCAAACCUCGCCAACCCAUUGUUCUACCACCAGCGCAAAAACACUACAAAGUAAUCUUUAUCAAAGCCCCAGCCGCGCCUGCGCAAGCUCCUCAAAUCAUUCCAGUUCAACCGCAAAAUGAAGAAAAGACUAUUGUCUACGUGCUUGUCAAGAAGCCAGAAGAAGCCCAAGACAUCGUGAUACCAAAGAUAGAACAGAAGCCUCCAACUAAACCAGAAGUUUACUUCAUCAAGUACAACAACAAACAAGAUUCUCAAGCGGUUAUCAAUAACAUCGUAAGCGACUUGAGCAAAGGAGGCUCCAACACAGGAUAUGCUACACUUUCAGAUGAAACAGGUGCAUUGUCUGGUAAUCAAGGAGUUGUAUCAACGUCCCAAGUCGAACAAGACAUUUCCCAGAACCAGGGUUCAAGCUCAGUUUUUGAUUCUUCAUCACUCGGUUCAACAGUCUUCGGUUCAGGAUUGUCAGGAUCUGGCGCUUCUAGCUCGUUUGGUUCUGUCCCGAGUACUGUUGCUACAUUUGAUGCAGGUUCAACUGCUUCCAGUGGUACAUUUGGAUCAGGUCUAACUGGCGGUGCCAACUACGGUUCGUCAUUCGGAUCAUCAUUGGGUUCAACAUUUGGCUCGUCAAAUAAUUUCGGAUCCAUUUAUGAAGGAGCUAAAGGCGAAGGUCUUAGCGUCGCCACUGUUGACAUCGGAGCUUCCCAAAAUGGGUACGACAGCUCAUCGGGAUCUAGCGAAUACGAGACAUCGUCAGAUUCCAGCGCUUACGAUUCGCUAUCAGGAUCCAAUGUUUCUUCUACAGCCAGUACCCUCAUAAAUUACGAUGCAAACGCAAUUUCAACAAGCCAAGGUGUACCCCAUGAGACUUACGGACCACCAAAGUUCAAAACUCUGUAGAUUUUUAUCUUAAUAUAACUAUAUCGACUCUCUAAUUUUAAGCAUUUCAAUAAAAAACGAAACAUAACUUAUCAGUUUUUUA